AUGCCGAAGCGGGGACGGGAGUCCUUGCGCAACCGCUGGAGCGUCCUCGAGGAGAGACUAGCAGUCCGGACGUCAUCAAAGUGCCCACCAACGACGUCGAGCUUGAUGCCAACGGCUGACCGUCGGGCCCGAGAGCGAUGUGAGGACGGGAAGCAUGCCGGCUCUUCGCAGGCGCAACCAACCGGAGCGCAGCAGGGGGCCGGCGGCGCCAACCCUCUGUCCGUGAUGCGGGCGCUUUCGUUGUGGCCUCCGUACGCCACCACGGGGAAUCCCGGCCAGCUCGCCGCCCUCUCGAGACAGUUUGCCGCCGCUGCUGCUGCUGCUGCCGCUGUGGGAGCCGCCCCGAAGGCUCCGGUAACCUUCCCUUCGGUGGCUACUGGGAACCGGAAGCCCGACAAUCCGGCGUUUGGAGGUUCUGCCGGGGUGUUGGGUCAACUGGCAGCGGCGGCGGCGGCUGCUGGACGAGGGCACACUGGGCGUGCCGCCACCGCCGCCGCCGCCACGCGACCCCGCGGGCAGCAAGCGCGAAAACGACGAAUGCUUGGCUCGUCGCACCCGGACGGCCAGUGGGCAAGUGGUGCAUAUCAAGGGGAGGCCGUGCCUCCUGGCGACGAAGACGAAGACGAAGACGAGGCGAGACAUCGAGGCUCAGCGGUCGCCAACAGCUCUUCGGAAAAUCGCAUUGGCAGCUUGCCGGCACACGGAGAGACCGGCACGGGCGCAGCACCUGGGGUACCUGACCGGGCCGCGUAUGCGGAAGACGAGCUAAGCGACGAUCCAGACGGGAGCAACAAUAGCGAUGUCGAAGUGGCAAACCAAGGGGCAGCGGCCUCAGGAUGCGUGCAAGCCGUCAACGAUAGACACGAGGAGGAGAGCGGUGCGGCCACUGGUAGCGUUUCUUCGCGAAUCACACGCGAAGCUCCCCGUUACGAGGAAGACGAGCUGAGCGACGAUGACUUGGAUGAGUCCGACUCGCUCUGA